UUUUCUCCCCAGGAACAACACAAACCAUCGAUUGCAGCAUCACACACACACACUGAUAGUCUGCGCUUGGAAAGUGAGCCACCUGCCCAACUAUGGACUUGGAAGCAGUAGUGAGCCACCUGCUCAAUAUUCCGGAGACCAUCCCCACCUACGUGCAUCCUUCUCGGGCUGCUCAUGGAACCAAAGAGAACCAAGGUGCCUCCACCAUUCCGGUCGACAUAUUGGACUCUGCCAAGGACUACACCUUUUACUUGGACGUUCCUGGCUUGUCCAAGUCUGAUAUUCAGGUAACCGUUGAAGAUGAGAACAAUCUGGUGAUUCGGAGCAACGGGAAAAGGAAGCGCGAAGAUGGAGAGGAGGAAGGAUGCAAGUAUAUUAGGCUCGAGAGGAAGGCACCACAGAAGAUGCUGAGGAAGUUUCGAUUGCCUGAGAAUGCGAAUGUUGGAGCCAUCUCUGCCAAAUGCGAAAACGGAGUUCUGACUGUGGUUGUUCAGAAGCAUCCACCUUCCAAGCCCAAAACGGUUGCAGUUAACAUCUCUUGAAGCGAUUAGGGCCGGGAUGAUGUGCGAAGGUGAAGCUAGGCUGGGAAUUUGAUGGAUUUGUAGGCCUCUGUUUUUGUGUUGGAAGUCGUAACCAGCAUGUAGAUAGAUUAGUCUUUCCAGGCUUAGGCGCACUUCUCUGUUUCGAAUUUUUAUUAACGGCUGUGUUGUAUGCAACUAAAAUUUGCCAAAGAGCGUGUGUUUGAAUGAAUGAAUGCUUAGUGUUUGUGUUUAUUUCUCAUACUUCUUUCAUUGAAAAUAUUGAUGGUAC